AUGGAGCGCAAGCAAAAUUUGAAGAGGAAAUUUGAUUUCACUGAAGAAGGUGUUGUUCGUGAAAACUCUCGCCGUCUAACUCUUGCCAACGAUAUUGCUCGACGCAUUGAUUUGUUAAACUCGGUUUCUUCGUCGUUGUCCGAUCCGGAUAUUGGUGCUGCUCAAAAUGAUCUCUGUUUUCUUUCCGGAUACGCCAAAGACGAGGAUAUUGUGGAUCUUAUGGUAGUUUCUGGUGUUGUUCCCGCUCUGGUGAAGGUUUUGCAUAUGCUGUCUAAUGUAGGUGAUUUUGACGCUGAUACUUAUGACGUGGAAAAAGACUGUGUCUCUAUCCUCGGUCAUCUCGCUGUCAAGCCGGAUCAUCAACAACUCAUUGUUGAUGCUGGAGCCUUGCCUUGUCUUGUAGAAUUGUUGAUGAGACCGAAAGCCCCUGGUGUUUCUCAAGCACUUUUUUCUAGUCUUCUUGGGAGAGCAGCUGAUGCAAUAACUAAUCUUGCUCAUGAAAAUAUCAACAUCAAGACCCUUGUCAGGUUGGAAGGUGGCAUCCCUCCUCUCGUUGAUUUGCUUGAAUUCAAUGAUACAAAGGUACAGAGAGCCGCUGCAGGGGCCCUGAGAACUCUUGCAUUUCAAAAUGCUGAGAAUAAAGACCAGAUUGUUGAAUGCGAUGCGUUGCCCACUCUUGUACUAAUGCUUGGAUCAGAGGAUCCUGCAAUACAUUAUGAGGCGGUUGGUGUGAUUGGAAAUCUUGUCCAUUCUUCGCCUGAAAUUAAGAGAGAAGUUCUUCUAGCAGAGGCUUUACAACCAGUUAUUUGCCUACUAAGUUCCCCCUGUUUGGAGACCCAAAGAGAAGCAGCUCUUUUAAUUGGUCAAUUUGCCACAACAGAUUCAGAUUGCAAGAUUCACAUUGCCCAAAGAGGUGCUAUAAUCCCUUUAAUCAAAAUGCUUAAGUCUCCAGAUUUACAACUUAGGGAAAUGUCAACUUUUGCACUUGGGAGGUUGGCACAGGACUCACACAAUCAAGCUGGCAUUGCUUACAAUGGAGGUAUAGAGCCUCUCCUCAAUCUUCUUGUCACAAAUAAUCCUUCUGUCCAACACAAUGCAGCUUUUGCUCUUUAUGCUCUUGCUGAUAAUGAGGACAAUGUUCCUCUUAUUAUUAAAGCUGAUGGCUUACAAAAACUACAGGAUGGACAUUUCAGUGUUCUACCUACUCAAGAGUGUGUAGCAAGGAUGUUAAAAAGAUUGGAAGAGAAGAUGCAAGGGAGAGUACUGAAGCAAAUGUUAUAUCUUAUGCGCUCUGGGGAAAAGGGUGUUCAAAAACGUGUAGCUCUUGCUCUUGCACAUUUAUGUUCCUCCAAUGAUCGUAAAACUAUUUUCAUUGACAAUAAUGGAUUAGAAUUGCUGUUGGAUCUUCUUCUUGAAUCUACAACCAAAAAGCAGAAGCGUGAAGCCUCUGCAGCACUUCACACAAUGGCUACUAAAGGAAUAGGUGCCUCUAUUGUUAAUCUUGCGCCUACAUCACCAACUGCUCAGGUUUACUUGGGUGAGCAAUAUGUAAACAACCCACUACUUUCUGAUGUCACAUUCAUAGUUGAAGGCAAACUCUUUUAUGCUCAUAGAGUUUGUUUAGUUUCAUCCAUUAUAUUUCGCGCAAUGUUUGAUGGGGGUUACAGGGAAAAGGAAGCCAAGGAUAUAGAGAUUCCAAAUAUUAAAUGGAAUGUCUUUGAGUUGAUGAUGAGAUUUAUAUACACCGGAACCGUAGAUGUUGAUUUGGAUGUUGCCCCAGACCUCCUUAAAGCUGCAGAUCAAUAUCUUCUUGACGGUCUUAAGCGUAUUUGUGAAUCUGUUAUUUCUGAGGAUAUUUCUGUGGAAAAUGUUUCACUAAUGUAUGUGAUGUCAGAUACUUAUAAUGCUACAUCAUUAAAAUAUUCAUGCAUACUCUUUAUCUUGGAGCAAUUUGAUAACUUGAGCUCCAAACCGUGGUAUUGUCCCUUUAUCCGUUGCAUUAAGCCAGACAUUUGGAACUUCUUCUGGACUUUACUUACCACGCCUAAACAUGAUGACUAG